GUACCUCAUCUCUUUCAUUUCGGGCACCGCCACCACCUGUUUUAGAGAUAUUUUUUCUCUCUCUAUAACCGCUCACCCUCUCUCUCUUUCUCUCUCUAACUCCGUUCACCAUCUUCAAAAUCUUCUGAAUCUUCGUUGUGUGAUCGAUCUCUCGAUUCAGAUUUCAGGCAUUCGUUACCGAUCUUGCAACACGAGCUAGGGUUUCGGAUUUCGGAUUUGAAUUUUCGGACAGUUAUAGUAUCGUUAUGGCGAACCGGAGAGAACAACGAGAUUUGUUUCACGGCGUCGAUCCGGUGGAUCCUUUGGAUGGUGAGGACUUCGACGAUUCCUCAUCUAUCGACGGUGGAUCCGGCGGUUCGAGGAGUGAGGUUGGACUGACGGAGCGGUUGACGGAUGUUCUUGUGGACGAAGGCGACAGCGAUCUGUUGAUUCAGCAGACGAAUCGGGAGGAUAGGUUGUUGCUGUGGCUGCAGGCUCUUGAUAUGCAAGUUGUGGGAGCGUGUCGCGCUGACGAGAGGUUGAAACCCUUGCUGAAGAUGAACACUGCUUGCGGCGUCGCUGAAGAUCCGUUGUUGGCUCAAUUGACUCAGCAUUUUGAGCCAUCGGAGGUUGGUAUGUUAGCAAGAUGCUUCUGCGUGCCUCUUGUUUCGAUUCGCGUUGGGAAGAUACACAAUGAAGGCACUCGCUUCUGCCCUACUGAUAUCAGGGGUAGCCUGACACUUGUACUACUACCAAGUUCUGAUCUUCGCCUCUCAUUCAUUGGGGAUGAUGGUAAAACCGAGAGAUUAUUCACCCUUACCAGCAAAUUGCAAUGCUCUGCUGUUGUGGUUGAUGGAAUCCCAACUGACAGCUCAGGCCGAUCCUUCGUUAUAAGGAGCCCAGAUAGCAGAACAUUUUUCUAUUGGUGCUCAGAGAAGUCCAAGCUUUUGGGUAUUGAAUUACUUGAAAAGAUGAAGGAUUUGCUCAAGAGGAAACCAUCCGUUGCUGAGUUGAGUGGCAUUAGCAAGUCACGGCUUGAUUGCUUUGCCACUCAGCUUCGAGCUUUUCUUGUGGGAUCAUCAGGAGGCAGUAGUCAUGAUAGUUCAGUUUGUGCUUCAACGUCUGCUAAUUCCACAGCUUGCUACAAUGUUGCUUUUGAUAAUUCCCAAACUUCAUCAAAAUUUCCCCGAUCUCGACAAAUUGGAGGUCAGACAACAAAGGGAGAUACAAUGCUUUACCAGAGCAUUCUUAGUCCAAGAUCAAGUUCUUUCAAAGAAAUUCCCCAAAGAAAUUCCUCUUCCCACAGGAUUGCUGCCCGGGAGAAGAUUAAGCGCCGUGGUGACAGUUAUCAGCCAGCAAUUGACAACUUGGCAAAUGAUUCAGCAUACAUGUUGAAUUUGUCUUCAGCUUCUGAUCUGGACAAAUCUGCAGAAGUUGCUAAAUCUCUUACCUUUUCUUCAGGUUUUCUGGGAUCACAUGGAAAUCUUACGGUUCCUUCAAGUCUUGGGUCGGGUGGGAAAUUUCCUGCCCUGGUGUCACCUCUUUUUUCUCCCUACUAUUGUUGGUGUCCGCCUGAGAUUUCUGCACUUCCAUCCAUUUCAGCACUUCCACAAUCUUCCCACUCAUCUGCUGAAUCACUGCCUCUGCCCUCAGGUGCCUCUUUAUUACCCAACACUGUCUCAGCUAGGCUGUUGGAACCAGUGCAGCCUCUUAAUCUUAGUACCUCUAUGGACUUUCCUCCAUUUCUCCCGGACUUCCCUCCAUUUCUCCCCGAUCCAUUGGUCAGAAUGUCUUUGCCAACUUCGCAGCAGAUUCCCACUUUCACACAAUUAAUGUGUGAUCCAUUGGUCAGAAUGUCAUUGCCAACUUCGCAGCAGAUUCCCACUUUCACUCCAUUAAUGUGUGAUCCAAUUGUACACGUCCCAGUUAUUGAUGUGUGUUCUUCAGGCCAGGGCUAUCUCGUGAGUGCUGGUGGCCCUGCGAUGUCAACUAGCAUUCCACCAUUGCAUCCCAAGCUUGUGAACCCAUUGAUUCCUGAAUCUGAUGCUGUGGUAAAGGGUGCACGAGAGACACUAAGGAUGCUGCUUAGCGGUUCAAGCCAGGGGGCGGUGAUGGAUCCUUUGCCUGCAAUCUUAACUAGUCCAGAUGACAAUCGGAAUGUACUUGUUACCGGCAGCCGUGGUCUUUACACAGGAACCAGGGAUAUCAAUGUUAUUGCAAACAGCAUUGCUGCCAUGGGAUUUGUAUCACAGAUAUCCAAUGGGGACAAUGAAGGUGAUUCGGAGGUAUGUGGCAACUACGGGAUUAUGGGAACAUUCAUGAAUCCCAAUGAUUCAGAUGGUGCCCUUACGGAUGACGAGGGCGGGCCUUCCUUUAAUUCCAAGUACCACUAAUAGUGAUGAAUGCAGUUAAUGUUUUUCUUUUUGCUGUAGAUCUCUUUUGUCCAGAAAAAAUGUAGAUAUGUGCUGUAGCCUGUAAGCUCUUUUGAAUGUUUUAAAGUGCGACUUUCGCAUUCUUGGGCCUUGAUCCCUCGUAGUAACCUUUGAUUUUUUGUUCAUCAAUUGUUCAGUAAUUUGCAAUGUGCUUAUCCAAAUGAAUAAGUAAUUUGCAAUGUGAUAAAUCGUGAAUUGCUCUCUA